AUGAAGUCUCUCCGCUUCCUUAGCGCUGAAGCGUUCGUGUCAAACGCAGCCUUUGCCAGGAGGAGCCUCGAUGGUGUUGCCCAUAACCUUUUCCCUCUUCUUUUCAAAGCCAGCUAUUUACUGGAGCAAGGGGAAGUGGUUCAUGACCUGGUAGAGAACUGGCCACUUAUUGACUUUAACUUGGGAAAGCUUUUGGGAGCUACUGCGGACUACCAGGAGGACCUGAGCUGUAGAACAUGCUCGGUGUGCUUGGAAAGCUGCCUGACAGGGCUGAGGGACUAUGUGCUGCAUCAACCCUCUCCCUACAUGAAGAGGUUGAAAGUGGUCGACCUGACGGGGAUAAGAGACGUGGAAGUUCAGCUUUGCGGGUGUAAGAAGACAAUGGGCAGAUGGGCCAGGACACAGCUGCUGUCUAAGCUCUGUUUGGAGCUGCUGGGUCACCCGCAACAACCAGAGCGCAGCUCUGAGGUCAGCAUCGAUGUACUGAUCGACUUGUUUGUUACAGAGAGGAGCUAUGAGCUGGUAGCUCAGGCCUUGCUGAAGAAAUGCUCUUGUCCACUGAAGAUCUGCUGUGUGGCAUUCAGAACCGACAACCUGGCUUUGCAGAAGUUCUUCUACAUCAUCAAGCUGACCGAGCCCUCUCUGCUGCGCAAACUGGAAAUAGUUCACAACGUUCGCUUGGAAAUGGAACACUUGGAAAUACUCUUCAACAGUAUCCACUUCCCUCUCCUGAUGUCCUUGACCUUGCCAGCACGAACGUUUAACGUGCAGAGGUUCACAGCUUCGGACGAGCGGCUGCUCGCUCGCGUCGGAGAGCAGAUGGGUGGGAUGACGCAGCUGAGCGAGCUGAACAUCUCAUUCUCUGUACUCACAGGAAGAAUACAGAAACUGCUCAGCCCACUAAAAACUCCACUGAAGAAGCUGGAUGUUUCUAACUGCUCGUUGAACCACGUUGAUAUGACCUAUUUAGCCAAUAGUUUCCAUGCUAAUCACUUAGAAGCCCUGGACCUGAGUGGUCACAAUAUACCUGACCUUUACCCAUCAAUAUUCAUGAAGCUUCUCAGCCAUUCGUCUCCAGUGCUCAGGAGUCUCACUUUGGAGGACUGUAACUUCCAAGACACUCAUGUCCACAUGUUGAUUUUAGGUUUAAGUUAUUGUCAUAAACUACAGGAGUUUAAGUUUCUUGGAAACCCGCUGUCAGCCCGGGCACUUAAACACCUUUUCACGUUUUUCUGUGAGCUGCCAAUGCUGAGAAACGUGGAGUUCCCAGUUCCAAGGGACUGCUACCCCAUCGGCAUCACCUACCCCAUCGAUGAUGCCAGUCUCUGCAGGUUUGAUCACCGGAAAUACGAGAGUGUAGCAGAGGAGCUGAAACUCAUUUUACUCCAAGCAAACCGCGAGGAUGUGAAGGCUUCAACUCCGCUCUCUGGCAGCUAUGAUGCAGCUGUGCAGGAGACAAACAAUGAACUGGGAGCUUACUUGAUCAAGUCCUUCAAAGAGACUUUAGAAAAGUUCACUACUUCUCUUAACAAAAUGAGUUAA